GCUGAGCCAUGAAUGAGUGCCUUUUAUGUGCAGUGAGCAGACUGCAUCUCGGCCGGUAGAGCUGCCUGAAAACCACACAUCGUGGGUGGAUAUUGGGAGUUAUGGCGCCAUGUAUCUGAAUCCCCUGGUAAUCUGGCUAGUUGGCAUCGAGAAGUGAAGUGUUGAAGGCUGUAGUUCGGCCUCUUGGCCAUGGAGACAGCGGGGCCUCCUGCUGCACCAGGCCAGCCUGGCCAACCCGGUCAGCCAGGCCCGGUGCUGGGGCUUCGGAGUCUCUCCUUUGCCUACCAGGGAUUGCUAGAGAUCCCCUACGAAGUCAUACUAGCCCAGCGAGACACCCUGGAAGUGUUGGACCUCAGCUACAACCUGCUGGAGGAGAGCCCAGCUCUCCUGGGUGAACUGGAGAAGCUCAGCACUCUGAUCCUGGACUGCAACAGCUACUCGUCCCACGUCAAGUUCCCCUACAUGCCUAGUGUCACCACCGUGUGGAUCAACAAGAACAAGAUCGGCAACCUGCCCACCUUUGUUGAGGAGAUCCGAAGCAAGUUCCCCAACAUCAAGAUUCUCAGCAUGAUGAACAACGAAUCAGCACCCAGCUACUUCAAUGGAGGGAGUCUAGACCAGUACAUAGACUACAGGCAGUAUGUGAUCAGUCAGAUCCCAAGCCUGAAGAUCCUGGAUGACACUGAGGUUUUGGAGAAAGAGAGAGCGCAGGCUAAGAAGACCUAUAGGAUACAGAGGACCAGGGAAGGCAGCAAAAAGAGGAAGGAACUUCAAAAUUAAACCCUCCAUAACACUGCUCCCUAUCGAACUGAACUUUAUCAAAGAUUUAUCAAGAUGAGAAAAAAUAAUCAUUGUAUAGAUAGAUGACUAGUUCAAGGCAAGUUAGCAAAAUUUCAAAUAUAUUUUCAACAUGUUUAUCUAUCAAAAUUAAAAUGGGAUAAUUUCUCUUAUGACUUUAUGGAUGGGGGGUUCUAAGCUGAAAUAUGGAAUUGUUUAAAGAUGGUCAUACUAUGGAUAAUUUAGCUAUUUGAUUUGGAAUCUUAGGACCCCUUCAGGUAUAACACAUAUUUGAUCAAAUAUUGAAUUUGGCCUUUACUACUAUAGCACAUAGAAACACAUUGAAUAACACACUGAUAAAUGGCUAAAAAGACAGUCAGAAAAUAAAUCAUAAGGAACAAGGUU